GGGGAGCCACCUCCAGUCCCUGCCCACCUCCUGCUGCGCCUGGCCUCCCUCCACAGCAGCCUGAGACCUCUCACAGUGGCCGCACGCACGAUCGCGUCUCCCGGCCUGCUCGUUGACCCUCAAACGCUGGCUCAAUCUCAAACCUCCAUCGCUGUCACCUGGACAAUGUCACCCUUUCUCGCGGUCAGGCCCAUAUCCCCAUUUCUGAGUCCACUUCCACCUCUGCUCCGUACCAUCCCUGUGUCCCCUGUACCCCUCGCGUCCCCAGGAGGUGCCAGCCCAGCCCAUGCCCAUCUCCCGCGCUCCACCUCCUUCUGCCCAAGUCGGUCCCGGGGUCCAGGUCCAGCUGUCGCCGCCUCGGCCCCGGCGACUCCCUCGCCCUGAUCCAGCUCGCCGCCCUCCCGGAGCAGCUGAAGGUCUCCGUCACCUCCAAGGGGGCCCCGGGGGAGGGCAGGAGGCGGGGAAACCUUGACGCUGCGGCUGGGACGCGGUGGGGCUGGCGGGGACUGAGCCACCCGCCCGCGCCCCCUCCUCAAAGUACCCCCUCCCGGCGGCGCGCGCCGGCAAAGUCUCCCGAAAGCUGGAGCGCGGAUUGCAGAUUUUAUUUCCCUUUGUGCGGGUGGCUGGGGCCUGAUCGAGCCAGCUGACCGAAGGGACCUUGGGAUGAGGGCGCCCCCUAAACCCCCCAGGGCACAGAGGAGUGCAACAAAGGAUGCGCACGGCUCGGGUCCUGGUCCCCGUAGCGCAACUUCGCGCGCGCCCCGGGGUAACCUGCGAGGGACACUGAGAACCCAGGCGUCCCAGGCUGACUGGUGAGGGGACUGGGACCAGUGACCUCAGACUGCAGCCGGGGACCCCUGAGCUAUCCAGCGGGCGGGAUUCCCAGCAGCACACCCCGAACGCGCGGCCCGCGAAAAGUCCAAGCGCUUCCGCGGAUGCCCCGCGUCUUGGCCGGACCACCGUGCGCUCGGCGUUCAGCGCUCCGCGGGACACAGCUGUCCCUUAAGGGUCUUCCGGAGCCAGGCUAAGCUUCUUCCUUUUCCCUACCAUUCUCCCUCACCCAGGCCCGAACCCCAUGUGGGUUCCCCUCUACAGUACCCAGGUCUGAGGUGACACUGGCCCAGAUGGCCAAGUGGCUUCGGGACUACCUGAGUUUCGGCGGCCGGAGACCCCCUCCGCAGCCGCCCACCCCCGACUACUCGGAGAGCGACAUCCUCCUGGCCUACCGUAUGCAAAAGGACUUGGACUUCGAGGACCCCUACGAGGACGCAGACGGCCGCCUUGAGCUGGACCCCGCGGCCCCCCCAGACUCGAAGGGUCCCGGCGACUCCAAGUUCGACUCCCCCAAGCACCGGCUCAUCAAGGUGGAGGCGGCUGACAUGGCCCGAGCCAAGGCUCUGCUGGGCACCCCCGGAGCGGAGCCGGAAGUGGACACUGAGUAUUCGGACCCCUUUGAUGCCCAGCCUCUCCCACCACCCUCGGAUGAUGGCUACGCAGAGCCCUAUGAUGCCCAGCGGGCCAUCAGUGAGCUGCCAUGCAGGGCAGUCCAGCUCUAUGACACACCCUAUGAGGAACAGGACCAGGAGCUGGGGGAGAGUGUGGCUCCUUCCAGUCAGAGGUCUGGGCAGAGCCGGCUGCCCCUGGAGGAUGAGCGGCCGGCGGAUGAGUACGACCAGCCCUGGGAGUGGAAAAAAGACCACAUCUCGAGAGCUUUUGCAGUGCAGUUUGACAGUCCUGAGUGGGAAAAGACUUCGGGCUCGGCCAAGGAGCUGCGGAGACCCCAGCCCAGAAGCCCGCAGCCUGCGGAGCGUGUGGAUCCUGCCCUGCCCCUGGAGAAACAGCCGUGGUUUCACGGGCCCCUGAGUAGGGCUGAUGCUGAGAACCUUCUGUCACUCUGCAAAGAAGGCAGCUACCUCGUGCGGCUCAGUGAGACCAGUCCCCAAGACUGCUCCCUGUCCCUCAGGAGCAGCCAGGGCUUCCUGCACCUGAAGUUCACUCGGACGCGGGCGAACCAGGUGGUGCUGGGCCAGCACAGUGGCCCCUUCGCCAGCGUCCCCGAGCUGGUGCUACACUACAGUGCACGGCCACUGCCCGUGCAGGGCGCGGAGCACCUGGCGCUGCUGUACCCCGUGGUCACACAGAGCCCCUGCCCUGCACCCUAAGAGACACUGUGGAGACCUGGAGACCGAUAAACACCCCAGACCCUCACCUCAUCCAGGCCAUCUCUGACCCAGUGGGGUUCCAAGGCCUAAGACUGUCUCUGAGUGGAGUGUUGUCCUU